AAGUUGAGGGUAUGAUUACGUUUCCUUUGACCACGGAGCUCGGUCCGUUGUUGACAACCGCGACGGCGGGCACUGUGCUGCUUGCCGAGCUCACCAAAGCGGCAACACUUCCUGAAUUAUGAGAGUUUAUCACAACGCUCCUUCCAUUUAAAGUUUGUACACCAGCCGCCCCAGUUUUUCUGAUCCCAGCUCCGUGAUCGGGAACCCCCGUUAUCACACCACUGACUGCCCCAGUCUUGCUCGGACUGUGCCCGGCUGUCAUGCUCGAGCCCGCCGCCGUUGUCCCGACCGCAGCAUACAUGGUUGAACCCUGGGACAUCCUACUAUUAAUGACACCCCCUGGCACGCCAGUCCCUACAACAGAGGAAACAGAUGAGGGAUGGGAAUAUCUAUCAAUUGAACAUGUGUAGCUGUAUAAGCAAGUUGUCAAAUUGUGUGGCUAAAAGAGACAGAAAACAGAAAAACAACGUGACCAGAAUAAGCUAACGUUAACCAGUCAGCUAUUUUACCUGGUUUAGCAAGCUCUUGUGAAAGUCCCAUUUCGCUGUCCUGGACAUUGGAAUUGCGACCUACAGCUGAGUUGUCAAUGUUAUUUGCUGCAGCCUGGACCCUGACUGAAGACUUUCCACGACCCGAUCCCGUGAGCUCAGACUCCAAAGACCCAACUAGAUCACUAACUACUUUCUCGUCCACCUCUGUGUUGAAGAAAACAUCAUCCAGUAAAUCGGAGCCCGCCGCCAUCUUUACUCUGCUACACUCGCUCGUGAGACGCAUGCACCGAUUGGAUACUCCGUCACUGACAUCGGAUUUCAGGGUGCUCUGAUUGGUUAUUGUUAGAUUUACAGUUUGGGAUGAAUUGUUAUAAAUUGCAUUAAAUGAAUCCCAGCCGGAUGAGAUAUAGCACGGACGAAAAAUUGGGACGACAGUACAGACAGAGUUGCAUUUGGUAGUUGUGCGGCUAGCGUUGCCAAAUGGAAACGAACCACACCAGACAUCGAUUAUGUUACCGACUUUUGUUACUAUUUUGAAUCAUUAUAGAGGAAAUGCAGUGGCUUUCUUUGAGCUUUUAUUCUCGACUCAAAAUGGCUGCGUUGUUUUUCAGGCAGUCUGUCCUACAGCUGCUGUUACCGCCCGCACGAGGGCGCAUACAGGGCGCGGAUCGUGCGCUCGCUGCCGACUGUCAGCUUCGUGCCCACUGACUGACGCUGACACAUAUGCAGGACAAUAAAGCAUCUGUCAUUUACUUUGUUUUACUGCGGACAUGUAACGGUAGCCUAUUCAUACGUUAGAGAUUGAUGUACAUGUGAUAUUUUAACUUUCACUUGGUAUGCUGGUGCUAUUGCCUCAAUAAUGCGCUCGAGAGAGAAUGUGUAGGCUAAAUGUAAUUUUAAUAAAGUUGAAUAAAAACAUUAUAGGCCUAUACAAUUAUCAUAUAUUUCUUUGUUUCGGUCAUAUUGUAAAUUUGUUUUUACUAGCCUAUUGAUAUUUAGCCUAGUUAGGCUUUGUAGCCUAGUUUAUGGGCUACAAUAAAUAUUAUAGAACGAAAUUGCAUGAACUCGGCAUAUUUGCAACGACACUUAGACAAUAUGCAUAGGCUAUAUGCCAUCAAUAACUGUUACAUUCAGAGUAUAGUUGAUGAAGUUCCAAUUAAAUUGUAUAAUUUUUUUCAGAACAUGCAAUCCAACCAUGACCCCUUGAGGCACAGGUGCACUUGUAAAUGAGAAGGCGUGGCCCAUGGCUCACCUUGGAGUGAUGGUCCAUAAAUUCCCUCUAAUGAGCCGCAUAUUUCCUUGCUGUCAUGUGAAUCACAUUUAAAAUACAACGCAGAGAGUAGGCUACUUGACGAUUCCUUGUUGCCAUUAGUUCACCAGCCACCAUGAGCGUCGGGACUCCUUAUAUCGGCAGUAAAAUCGGCUUGAUUUCCAAAGCUCUAAAUCGGUAUGAGGGCAUCUUAUACACUAUUGAUACCGUGAAUUCGACAGUGGUGUUGACAAAAGGUAAAUUAUGCGAGCGGCCAGAGACGCAUAUCCACUCUCAGACAACAGUUGUAGUCAAAGAAGACCUGUUUGCUCCUAAAAUAAGUGAUUGUGAUCACAUGUGGCAUUACAAAUAGAUGUUGGAGCCCAUACUUUAAACACAGAGACAAUGCGAGCAGUGGGAUGUGAAAGUAAAGUUUCAAUAUGGUCACUUAGGCCUACUGUUAUUGUAUUUUACCGGAUAGUUUACUUGGUUUGUGUGUACAGCUAUGUCAAUGGAUUGCAUAGUAAAAGCAUCUGAUUUGGCCUGUCAAUGAACUUCCAUGAUUUUCUCUUGUUCAUAUGUAGUGAAGUCAUUUGGAUCAGAGGGCCGACCCACAGACAGGCCAACCCCUCCUAAAGAUGACGUCUAUGAGUACAUCAUAUUCAGAGGAAGUGAUAUCAAAGACAUCUCAUUGUGUGAGCCUCCAAAAUCCCACCAUGGCCUGCCCCAGGACACUGCCAUUGUGCAGUCAUCACUCAGCACCUCAGCGUCCUCCUAUAAUCCAACUCCAGGACCAAUCAGUCCCUACAGGAUCCCAUCGUAUAACCAGCUAGCAGCCAACUAUCUGCUCAACCAGCAGUAUGCUGCAGCCCUUGGUCUGGGUGGAACUCAAGGCCCUCAAGUGAGAAGGGGUCCUAUGGUGGAGCAGGCUGUCCAGACGGUGCCUCUAGAUGAGGCAGGGCAGAAGAAAGGCCAGAGUCUGUCUCAGGAGCAGCGCAGGGAGACCAGUAGGCCCAUGCAGCGAGCUGCACGAGGGAGCCCACAGCCCCAGGGAUGCUCUGGACCAGGCAGUGGCUCCGAUGUACAGCGUCGGCGUACAACUUCCCAAUCCAAUGAUGAGAACAGGCCACCACCAAGGAGGAGACAAGGAGCUCGUAGGCCCAGGAAUCGUAAUCGGGGCCAGCUCCUUGUGAAGAGCUCAAUGCCCAGCACCCUCACGUUUGAGUCAGACUUCGACUUUGAUUCUGCAAACGCCCAGUUCGACAAGGAAGAGCUAGAGCGGGAGAUGCAGGACAAGUUGAACAUCAAAGAAACACAGGAUGAAGGGAAGGCGAAACCAGAAGUAGACACUGGUGAGAAGACAGUGGAGAGGGAUCCAUUUGGGCCCAAGUGCUACUAUGACAAGGCCAAAUCCUUCUUUGACAACAUCUCGUCAGACCAUAAAUCCAGACGCACUACCUGGGCAGAGGAGAGGAAGCUGAACGUUGAGACCUUUGGGGUUCCUGGUCGCUUCCUGAGAUUCCGUGGGGGCUACCGCGGCCGGAGAGGGCUAGGGUCAGCACAGCGCCGGCCCUCCCAGCGAACUGGGACUGGGAGGCUGUGAGGGUCAAGCCUCGUUUGACGCUUGGGUUACCUUGUGCAUGAAUUGCCACGAAGUGGUUGGUUGUGUAUGUACUUUUGUUUUUGUAGUUAACCAAAAUGUAACAUUUUGCAUUCCAUUAUUU